AUGGCCAUACGCAUCACUUACACGCUUCCCAUUGUCUGCACAGGAUAUGAGCUCACAGAUGCGCUACGGAGGUACCUUGAAGUCGGCCACGGUGUGGACUUCGACAGAGUGAAAGCUGUCACCAUAGAGCAGGAUAAGGAACUGUGUGGGGACGAAUACAACGAAGCUGACGAGGAGGCACUUGCCCCGGAACGAGAAGCAGUAGUUGUGGACUCGUUCCAAAAGUACUUCAGUCGGGUGCGCAGGGGGCGCGCCAGCGGAGGUCAGAAAGGCACUCGAGAUCCCAUACACAAGUGGAUAGAUGGCGCGCCGAAGAUAUACAUGUUCGUUCCGACGGGAGCUUACAUCCGCGAUGGCCGCACAUCGGGCGUGCUCAAGACUCCUCGCGACGAGGAUCUGAAGGUUAUUCAGGCGUUCAUCGACGCCGCGAACGGCCUGUUGCCGGAGGCGGUGCGUGACGAGGCCAGCUUCAAACUUGACGAUGUGCAUGUUGAGGUUCACACCCCGGGGGAUCUUUUGCAACCUGCUUACAAACGUGACGAGCGGAAGGAACUCCUACCUCCACGUCACUUGCGGCCCCUUUUCAAUUACCCUGAGUAG